UUUUUUUUGAUAUUUUAGAUCAAGCUUUAGUUUUUACAUGAUGGGGCCGAAAACCUUUGUUGAAAGGAAAAAAAAGGAAGUAAAUUUGUAAGGACCCAUUUUUUCUUUUGCGGGUUUUCAGGUCGAAUUCAAUUGAAUGGGAUUUGGGAAAACAGCAGGACGGCUGGCUGAGAAUGCAGCUAUUUAGGCCAGGGGCUGAGGCUGUGCUACGAUUUCGAUUUCAAAGGAGCGGGAGCUUUUGAACCUCCCAAUGUUAUAAAAACCCAAGUUUUCUUCUCUAUUCUUCGGCUUUCUUUCGUCACGAGUCUCUCUCUCAUACAUUUCGCUCCGAGAAUUCCUAAGAUCUCGUGAUAAACGGGAGGAGGACAAUCUUGGAGAAGGUCUUCGCUAAGCCAAAAUCAUCUGCUCGGAUCCUUCUCUAUCCUCCUCUUGGGUUUCUCCACCUCGAUUGCAUUGUGCCAAAAAGCACCACUCAGUAAGGAUAUUCCAAGAUGGCCUCGAAGCCGUAUACUGUAGAUUUAAACAAGCCUCUCGUUUUUCAGGUUGGCCAUCUUGGAGAAGCCUACAAUCAAUGGGUUCACCAGCCUAUAGUUAGCAAGGAGGGCCCUCGAUUUUUUGGAAAUGAUUUUAUGGAGAUGUUGACGCGCACAGUAUGGUGGGUGAUUCCACUUGUUUGGCUACCAGUGAUUUGCUGGUUGGCUUCUGUGUCUUUGUCGAGGGGCCUUACUCCCUCUGAUGUGGCUUCAUGUUUGGCUGGUGGGGUUUUCAUCUGGACUUUGCUUGAGUACACACUGCACCGCUUUCUUUUCCACAUGGAAACAAGAAGCUAUUGGGGAAACACUCUACACUAUCUACUUCAUGGCUGUCAUCACAAGCAUCCAAUGGAUGGACUCAGACUUGUCUUCCCACCUGUUGCAACAGCUAUCUUAAGUGUGCCGCUGUGGAUCGUGAUUAGACUUACAUCGACUCCAGCAGUAGCUCCCACGUUGUUCGGAGGUGGGUUGCUGGGAUAUGUAAUGUACGACGUAACUCAUUAUUACCUGCAUCAUGGAAAGCCAACCUCAGGGUUGUCUCAGAAUAUGAAGAGAUAUCACUUGAACCAUCACUUCAGAGUUCAAAGCCAGGGAUUUGGUAUCACUUCCCCUUUAUGGGACAGAGCAUUUGGAACAUACCCUACAACCAAAACCAUUCAGAAAAACAAAUGAUGAUGUUGGUUUGGUUGCACAAAUAUCAUGUCAUCACCAGAUGUUUUUUUUUUUGUUUUGUUUUGAGUUGCUUCUUCCAUUUUUGUACAUUUGAGCAUCAAAUUCAUGCUUUGACAGCCAUUAUAUAUAUAUUUUUUGGGCGCUAAGCCUUUGCCGAAUACUGUAAUGACCUUCAACUACACUUGAAUGAGGAUUAUAUUAUGUUUCUGCA